AUGCCUCCAAAGCAAAAUAGAGUGCAAGGUGGCAAUGCCAAGAGUCGAGCGUCCGCCGUGCCGCAGGGAGGUCGGAGGAGAGCGAUUCAGGAAUUUGAGGGUAAGAGAGAUCAACCCUCUGCGACACACAUAAGAGCGGAGUCGCAGCAACCACAGUGGACCACGUACAGCUACAUAAAGGACAUUCUGCUGGAGAGAAGCACUCUCAGUUACAAAAUGAGGCUGAACGAAUUCAUUCGGAGCUACUUGGGCGACACGGCGGCUGUUGAUGAAGACCACAACGUGACGAUGGAGGCGUUUGUUCAGGAUCCAGAUGCUUACGUACAAGACCAGCAGCUUCUUGAAUUGAUUCUUAAUUUAGCUGCGUACCAAGAGCUGAAAAGGGAGCUGGAGGAAAGGAAAAUACUAUGGGAGGCUGUUUAUAAGCUUCACCACGAGGGUGUGUACUUUCUCGAUCAAUGGAGGGACUAUGAAGGAAAGGAUACGGUCGCUCCGCUUGCAAGGAGAAAUCUAAACAGAGUUCUCACUCAGGUACUGAGAGAAGAACGCCGCGAGGCAGAAGAAAGGGCAAGGCGGGACAAGCAACAAAUAAUGUUUAACUUAUGUGCUAAGAUCGAAGAUUUGUUGUUUAGAGGAAGAGUUCGGGUCAUGAAAAUAAAGCUGAAUGAUUUUCUUACGCUGGAAAUGGAAGGCAGAGGCAUUUUGCGUGCCAAUCGGAAUGUCUUACUGAGGGAUUUUAUCAGUGAUCCCACGAGGUAUAUCCGCGAAGCGGGAGUAUUGGGCGAAAUACAGGCAGCCGAUGCUUAUGCGAGGAUGAAAGGGGCUGUAAGGGAUGAAAUGGAUAUGGAAGAGGAUGUACGCAGGCUUUACGAGAAAGGUGUGGACAUUCUACUGAAGUGGUCAUUAGCUGCCGAGGAGGUAAAAGUAAACGUUCAUAACCUCACCAAACGUUUAUUGGAUGCAGCCUUCAUUGAAUUGAUGAGCUCAAUGGCGAUGAGUGCGCCGAUUAAACUGGAGGGAUGCUACGAGUCUGUGUACAAUGCGAGGUGGCAUCAUGUCGUGGAGGUUCCUGGCGGCGAGGGGACGGGAAUGUAUGUGAGGGAGGGGAAACCACCGCAGUCAUGGACGUACAGGGCAGUUGGCGAAACUCUUGAAAGGGAUGAUGGUGCGGAGCAAUCCGGUGCAGCACGUCUCAAGCUGAUGGUGCUCACCUCGGACAAGGGAUGGCCGUAUUCGUGGGAGGAGGAUGAAUCCACUCGUGACUGCUAUGUGAACUGUGAGGUGGAUCGAGUGUGGCAGAUCGUCAAGCGCGAUCUAACCGAGUGGUUCAGCCCUGACGCUGGGGACUACUUUAAGCCCAAGAGGCGUCUGUUGAUUGGGACGCCCGGGAUCGGGAAAUCGAUGGCCGCCGGCUCGUACCUCCUCUACCAGCUGCUGCACUACGAUGUCGAGCAGCUCCCAAUGGUUGCGUACUUUAUUGGGAGUCAAUCAUUCCUGUUUGACAAGACCACCAAAACGCUAUCAACAUACAGGGGUGACCCCGGGAUUGAGGAUGUUGUAAACAUUUUUUCCUUGCGUGGGGUGAAGGGGUAUAUUAUCUACGAUGCGAC